GAUUGUGCAACCCUAGUUGUACUAUAAAAUAUCGUUAAUCUUAUUGUACUAAUGUUUUUUCGGAAUAACUGCAAUGAAAUGAAUGUGUAUUUUCCGUUUUUAACUGUUGUUUGUUACUUAUUUAAAUUCAAAGUUGAUAUUAGCCGUUUCGACUAAAAAGCCUGCAGACAGGGUCAAAAGAAUGAAGCACGUCCAAGGUUAAAAAUAGAAGACUCAUCAAUUCUGGAUGCGGCAUCUAAUGGAGCUAAUAAUGCCGUACCCAUUGUAUUGGGUAUUAUAGCCAACAUUGUCGCCUUUGUUGCAUUUGUGGCCUUUCUAAAUGCCAUCGUUAACUGGUUCAGUUUUUUGGUGGGAUUGGAAAACAUUGAUUUUGAAUGGAUAUUUUCCAAAUUAUUUAUUCCAUUAGUUUGGGCUAUGGGUGUGCCUAACAAGGACUGUGAUAUUGUGGCAAAAAUUGUGGCUACUAAGUCUAUAAUCAACGAAUUUGUAGCCUAUGAGCGUUUGGGAGAAUACAUUAAAAAUGGCCAACUGGAAGCUCGCAGCAUUGGCAUAACGACAUUUGUCAUUUGUGGUUUCGCGAAUCCAGGCGCCUUAGGCAUACUCAUUGGUUCACUUAGUGCGAUGGCCCCAAAUAGAAGAUAUAUUAUAACAUCGGUUGCAAUGCGUGCUUUUGUUGUUGGCAGCAUAGUGUGUUUCGUAUCCGCCAGUUUUGCAGGCCUUUUACUACAAGAAGAAGAGGAAAGUCGGAUAUAUGCCAAAUUUCUUAAUGUGACUCAGCGAAAAAACAUAACCAUUGCAUUUGUUGAAACCUAAUAAAAUGCAUAAGUUUACAUACAUACAUAUACAUAUGUAUGAAUGUAUGUAUGUAUCAACAUUUGUUAUUCUUCAUUGUA